AAUCCUACCCUUGAGGGGGAAAGGGUCAAAGCUGGACAAUGGAACGGGAGUGGAGUCUAAUGGCACCUAACUAUACCCUUGGGGGCUUAGCGCGCACAAGGCGACUGAAAUCUCCCAAACUGCCCCACCACCUGUGCACCGCACCACGGCAAUUUUGAUCUUUUCCGACCAUCGUCAAGAAACCUCGCGAUCACACACGUCAAGAUGGAUUCCGAAGACCCUCAGGAGCGCCCUGAUGGAAUUAACAGCAUCAUCAAUGGCCUAGAGCGGUACAACCCCGAGGCAGUACCCAAUCUAGAGGAUUAUGUGCGCCACCAGUGCGAAAACAGAUAUACAGACUCGAAUGCGAAUAGGACACUAUUGAAGCUAUACCAGCUCAACCCAGAUCGCGUCAAAGAUGAGGUCAUAACAAACGUUCUCGUCAAAGCAUUGACAUGCUUUCCCUCACCACAAUUCUCCCUCGCACUUCACCUCAUUCCACCAUCUGUCCUCGCUCCCGCAAAUACCCGGAACGAGGAACUCCCUGAGGCCGUAGGAAAACUGCGUCUCCUCAACGACCAGCUGCAAGGCGCGAAGUAUGCCCGCUUUUGGGCCACGUUAGACUCAGAUGACUUGUACGCCGACCUCAUAACUGAUGUCGAUGGAUUUGAAGAGCUUGUGCGCGUACGCAUCGCUACCCUCGUUAGCCACGCCUACCGUGAGAUAGAUCUCCCUAUACUAGAGCAAUGGCUUGGUAUGGACGGCGACGCAGCACAGAAGUUCAUCACCGAGACGGCAGGAUGGACUGUCGAUGGCGGGCUGGUCAAGAUCCCCAAGAACCCUGAAAACGAGGCCAAAAAGUCCGAGGUCCGCGAGGAUGUGAACGUCGAGAUGUUCUCAAGAGUAAUUCGUCGGGCUUGGGAAGAAACAGCGUAAAUUCAAUUUCUGGGGUGAGACGGAACAUGGUUUGGGAUCUACACGAAAAAGGGAUGAAGAAUCCGGUUCAUGGCGUUGGGGGUGCAUUCUCUUACAGCGCACAACUCGAAGAAUCCUCGUGAUACUUUCGAAGGCUUUGGCGCGGCUCAUGGUCUAUGCCGGUCAAAGAGUACCGUUACGAGCAAACUGAAAUGAAUAAAUGAAGUAAACAAAAUCCUGAACAGAAUAUGCUCAAGAAGCAACAAUUCGCUCUGAUUAGAUU